AUGGGCGACUGUCAGAACACCACUAGCGCAUGCACUGGAAAUCCUCCUCCAACGACGACAACCCCAGACUUGCCUCCGCAACCUGCCGCAGAAACCGCGAAAAUCUCGAGCCAAGGAACUGCUCCGAUCAUUGUGCCUAUGGGCUUUGCAGCGCAGCUCCGAGCCGUACAGGAAGCGCAGCAGGAACAAGCAGAGCGAAUCGCCAAAUUGGAGCAAGAGAACGCAGAUCUCAAGGACUUCGAGAAGAAGAUUAUCGAUCUCGCUGCCCGCGUUCAAGCAUUAGAGGAGCGCGAAGCCUAUCGUGCCUCGAGACGCACAGAAGCAGUCAGUCAACUCAGCAAUAUGCGUACCCUGCAUCAAGAAGCCGACAAUGGGUUCCAGCAACGUACAGCGGACAUGCAACCGGAUGACCUCGAAGGAAUGUUGGGCGCGUAUGGCAUCAUGUUGACCACUGCAAUGAACAAUCACCAACGCAUGCUUGGCCAGAUGCGUGCGAAUGGCCAGUUCCCAGCGUACACAACGCCAGUUCCGCAGACUCGACAAGUGCUUGCACCGGUGCAGAUGCUCCGUGCUUAUCCGCCGGCGUACUCAGAGCAUGGGUUCUGCCGUGCGCAUAACAUACCUUACUGCUGCCGUGUUUGCGGUAAGUAA